UCAAAGAAUCCGAAUUGCAAAAUUAUUGCCUUUUCCUGUCACAGAGAAAAAAUCUUUCUUGGAGGGGUCCUUACUUCUCACUGUCCCUUGUCUCUCCUGCUCAAGCCACAAACAUACAUCAUCUGAAGAAGACAAAGCAUAACAAGCUUCAAGAAAAAAAGAUGGCUUUUCUAAGAGUAGUGGUUUUGUUAUGGGCUGAUAUGUUGGCAGCAUAUGUAAUGUGGAUAAUGCCAACAUACUUGACAAAUGUUUGGAAACUGGGAUUUACUCGUGCUGCUGGAAUCAUGAACGUAGCCAAUGGCCUCGCUAAAGUUUUACCCCUCGUCUUUUUCUUGAUUGUGGACUGUGGCCUUGGUAACUACUGGAUGCUGCUUCUCUCAAGCGUAUCCUAUGCAAUUGGUUUGGGAUUUUUGUCUAUGUCAACACCACCAGUUCUAGCCAAGGAAACUGGGAGCUGUAAACACUACAAGCCUGAAUGCAUUGGUCACACGCAAAAGGCCCUUUUCUAUACAGCUUUAGCGUUGAUUGCUGUUGGAAUAAGCGGGCACAUUGUAUCACUAGUUGCACUCUUUGUUGAUCAGUUUGAAAAGAAGAAAGCUGAUGUUAAAUUUGAGAAACCAAGACAUCAGGGUAGAAGGAAACGAGGUGGAGCUACAAGUGAUGGACCAAAUAAGCAGGGUGAUGAUGCCGAAGAUGAUAUGUUGUCACAGCUUCAAUUUCAAGCAGUAGAAGCAAUGCUGGCUCUUGUGAACAGAGAAAAAGUAAAAGUAUUCCGAGCUUGUCUUGUGAUCCUUUUCCCUGUUAUUGGACUAAUUGCUCUUCCAUACAUAAGACCAUGGUCACUUCGGUUUGGAAUUCCAGCAAUUUGUACCUUGGUAGCAACAAUGGCAUUCUUGUUGGGCGCAUACAAUGACAACAAACCGAAAGGAAGUCCAGUAACAAAUGUACUCAGAGUUCUUGUGGCCUCUACUCUGAAAAUGUUUCACAAACUUCCAACUGACAGUUCCAAACUUUAUGAAAAAAACGAGCAUGAUGAUAAAAAAUUGAGUCAUACUGAAGGACUCAGGUUCUUGGACAAGGCUGCCAUCAAAGAAGAACCGGUGACAAACAAGUGGAGAGUCUGCACAGUUACAGAAGUAGAAGAAACAAAAAUCAUUGUUAACAUGCUUCCAAUUUGGAUCACCUUCAUAAUUUGUGGUGUCGUAACUUCUAUAGGAAGCACCUACUUCGUGGAGCAAGGAAACCACAUGAAUUUCAAGGUUGGAAAAUUGAAGUUUCCUAAUUCCAUCCUUCUGGUCCUAUAUGAACUAACCAAGUCACGAUCCAAAACAAUGUACACCUUCAUUGCAAGCCACUUAGGAGGAGCAGGACUAAAGAGGUAUGCACCCCCAGUUGGCAUUGCAUUUGCUACACUAUUUUCAGUACUAUGCUGCAUAGUUGCUGCCUUAGUUGAAACUCGAAGGUUACAUGUGCUUAGAGGUCAUGGAUUACUUGACAAACCAGAUGAGAAAAUUCCCAUGACUGUGUUUUGGCUGCUUCCACAAUACAUUCUUCUUGCUGUCCUUGACUCAUUUUAUGAAAACAGUGCUGCUUCUUUCUUGAGUGAUCAGAGUCCUCCAUCAAUGAAAAGGUACCUCGUCUACUUCAACCCUGGACUAUCUGGGCUGGGAAUCAUGGGAAGUGUUUUAUCAGUAUUCUUAGUUGGUAGAGUUAGUGAACGAAGAGGAAAAGAGAAUUGGUUUCAAUAUACCUUAAACAAGAGUCGCUUGGAUCGCUAUUAUCGGGUCCUUGCUGUCCUAAGUGCUGCAAAUUUCUUCUGGUUUCUUGUGGCAGCAUUAAGGUACCCUUACAGGGAACCUACUUCAAAUGAUGAGCAAGAGAAUGGAAACGAAGAAGGUAAUGCCAUGGAAGCUGUAGAAGGUGUUAUUCCUAAUAUAGAGUAAACUGAACACACUCGUGAGCAAGAAAGAGUUACAUAUAGAGAGGAUGAAGUUUCCACCGAUGCUAUUUUUACCAAUUUGUGUUGCGGUAUUAUAACAGUAAUUUAUAAAUGGGGAACCAACUAGAAUUGAGUGGCUGGUGGUUGAAAUUUUA